CGCGAAUAAACAGUAGAAGAAGAAAAACAGGAAGUGGCUCCGUUGGUGAUUUGCGAGAGCUUCAAUUCUGCUAAUUUUAUUUAUAUAUUGGAGAAGGAUUAAACGCCCUUUGAAGAGGCUGUGAUGGGUGACAUACGUCAGUCGUUGCUGCCUCGAGAUGUGCUGAGUGCCGCCAAGGAGCUGCUGUAUCAUCUGGACAUUUACAUAUGCAACCUGGUUCAGUCUGGGAGGCAGCCUCCUCAGGUUGACUCAAAAACCCUGGAGCUGGUCGAGGAGUUCAUUUUUCAUGCGCCCAAGGACAGAAAUGCCCCACCCAGAAGGAUGAGUGCUCUGCAAGAGCUCCAGCUGCUGGAGAUCAUGUGCAGCUGUUUUCAGGAGCAGAGUCGAGACACCGUUCGCCAGCUCAUGUUCUCUGCCCUCUUCAAUCUCCAAGGAAACCAGGCAGAUGAAAGUCGCAUGGCACUGCUGGGCAAGCUUGUUUCCAUGGCAGUUGCUGUGAGCAGGGUGCCUAUCUUGGAAUGUGCUGCCACCUGGUUACAGAGAGCCCAUCGUGUGUACUGCGUACGCCUGGCGCAGGUACUGGUGGACGAUUACUGCAGCAUGGUUCCCGGCUCUGUGCCCACCUUGCAGAAUAUCCACAGUGCCAGCCCACGUUUCUGCUGCCAGUUUAUCACUGCUGUCACCACCCUCUAUGACCUCACCUCAGAGGAGCUCACCCCUCCACUAGAACUCCUCCAGAUGAUCGUGUCGUGGAUCCAAGACGAUCCCCGCCUAGUCCUGAUCACUUUCCUGAACUCGCCUCUCUCAGGCAGCCAGCCAAUCAGCUCGCUAGAUGUCACACCUCUUGGAGGUUUAGUACGUUGGUGCGUCAAAGCGCCGCUGGCCUACAGGAGGGAUAAGAAGCAGGCGCUAACCAGCGGGAGCUCUCUGAGUGAGCCCGAAGCAGGUCCUCUCUUCUCUGCUCUCCAUCUAAGUGUUCUGCAGGUGUUCAUGCUUUUGCCCACCAUUCUGAAUGAGAAGGGGCUCUAUGGUCGCCUGGCGCUGCUUCAGAUGGAGUCCCUGGCUGCUUUGACCUCUGACCUGUCUCGACUGUUGGACCAGGCUGACAAACACAUGCACACGUCAUCCGCCGAGACACACGCAUCAUCUCAGCUGGCUCUGGACCGGCUGGCUCAGGCUUUGCAGGUGGCCAUGGCCAGUGGAGCUCUACUCUGCUCGAGAGAGGACCUGCGAGCCAUCUGUUCCCGCCUCCCUCACAACAAUUUGCUCCAAUUGGUUUUGUCCGGCCCAGUGAUGUACUACAAUAACAUCCACACCCCUCCCCUGGCCUACAGCCCGCACGCCGCUCAUUCGCCCAUCGCCUCCCAUCCUACACUCCCCGCACACCCUGCGCACACCCCACACACACCUCUCGCCACCCAUCCCGCCUCUCACGCUCAGUAUCCCGCUCAGCCGUUCAUUACAGGAAUGCCGUUCCCAUUCCGACCCAGCCACUAAGAGGAAACAUUUCCCAACCUGACUGCAGAUGUGAAGCUGUGUGUGGAUGAUGAGCAAUGCCUGUUGUUUGAUGGUGUGCAUGGAUUAAUGUGUGUUUGUGAGCGGUUUGAACGUGUUUGUUGAAUAAAUAUUUUUUUACUUC